AUGGCUCAAUCCACCCAGUGCUAUUUGCCUCGGUUCGCCUCGGCGGUCGACGGGCCCAAACGGCCAGUCUCGAUGAAGACGAGACCAACCGCCGCUCAGCAUGCGCAGUUAUUAACGGCAUGCAACGAAGGUCGCCUCGAUUCACUGUUGCGCGCGACCUGGGCCCUCGUCCUGCACUACUAUAUCCGCUCGGAGGAUAUUUGCUUCGGGUACCAACACCUCGAGGGAGACUCGCGCUCUCCAAAAUCACCUGUACAGCGUGCCAAUGGCGCCAACAUUUCGACCAUUCGGUUAUCGAUCAACGAAAACGACUCUCUCACGGCAAUUGUAGAUAAGGUGCGCGCAAUCGGCCUGAGAAAACAGCACAAUGGUGGAAGCUCGGAGGCCGCUUCCGAGGGAUACCUUCCUUUCAACACAAUCUUGAUGUUGCGCACAUAUGAUCCGCCGGCCUCACCUUCAAAACCUAUUUUGGCGACGGCUCUCUCAGAUGAGUGUCAAGUCCGUCUUCAUGUCAAGGUCAUGCGUGGAGAUAUCAGCAUGUUCCUUGAAUGGCGCAAGGGCGACAUGUCUGCAGAGCAGAUGAAGAGUGUCGCCAACAUUUUUGAGCAGUUGCUUGCCAAAGUCCUUGCUGCUGAGACCACCGCUGUUAGCCAGCUUAAUUUGUUCUCGGAGAAUGACUGGCAACGCAUCCGCAAGUGGAACUCCACUAUUCCUAAACUUCACGAUCGCUGCAUCCACGAUGCUAUCCACGAUCAGGUACUUAGUGGACCAGACCGCGAGGCUGUGUGCGCGUGGGAUGGCAAAUUGACGUUCGCUGAGCUGGACCACCAUGCGUCCAAGCUUGCUUGCCACUUGCGCAUGCAGGGCGUUGGCCCGGAAGUCCGCGUGGCAUUGUGUUUCGACAAAUCGAAAUGGAACAUCGUCGCAAUGCUUGGCGUGAUGAAAGCUGGGGGAGCUUUCGUCCCACUCGAUCCCACGCACCCAACUUCCCGACUGCAGAACCUCAUCACAUCCGUCCAGGCUGCAGUUGUGCUUUGCUCCGACACGCGUGCGGAGAAGCUUCGCCCUAUUGUAAAUACUUUAAUACCCCUUAACACGGAGACUUUGGAUCGCUUGUCCGAUGCAGACAGUGUCGAUCUAGCAUCGGGUGUUACAAGUCAAAACGCAGCUUAUGUUUUGUUUACCUCCGGGUCCACUGGAGAGCCGAAGGGAACCUUGCUGGAGCACCGCGCAUUCCUCUCGAGUGCCAUCGUGCAUGGGCCAGGCCUGCGCGUGUUCCGAGACUCGCGCUGUCUCCAGUUUGCCGCGCACACGUUCGAUGCUAGUUUGGCUGAGUCGUUGACGCCGCUCAUACAUGGUGCGUGCGUGUGCAUCCCGAGCGAGGAGGCUCGGCUCAACGACAUUGUCGGCACUAUCAAUGACAUGCGAGUCACUCAAGCAUGCUUUACUCCGUCAUUCAUCGGCUUCAUUGAAAUCGACAGCGUCCCAGGACUGGAGAGUCUGGUCCUGGCCGGCGAGGCAAUGUCGCAGUCGCAGCUGGCUACCUGGUCCAGAAUUAAACUGGUCAAUGGCUACGGGCCUACUGAGGCCAGUGUGGCUUCCGUGCUCAACUCGUGUGUUACACCAGACACCGAUUGCAAAGAUAUCGGCUUGCCCAUCGGUGUCAGGGCUUGGCUUGUGAACCCUGAUAACCACGACGAACUGGUCCCUGUGGGCUGCCCCGGCGAACUACUUUUGGAAGGCCCGCCCCUGGCCCGGUGCUACGUGAAUAAUCCCCAGAAGACCAACGAAUCUUUCAUCUACGAUCCUGCCUUCACGAAAUUGGAGACGGAUAGUCCUUCUAACCGCAGAUUUUACAAGACUGGUGAUCUUGUCAGGUACAACGCUGACUCUGGUGCACUCAACUACGUUGGUCGGAAGGAUACUCAGGUGAAAGUCCACGGACAGCGCAUCGAGCUUGGCGAAAUCGAGAACCAACUGUACAUCGACUCGCACGUCACUCACUGCUCCGUCUUCUUCCCCAAGUCGGGCUUCUCCAAGGGUCGCUUGGCAGCGGUUAUCUCUUCUACGGGCUUACUCGCUGAACAGUUGGAGUCAGAUUUGGAGCCUCUGCGGCUAGUGUCCGCCUCGAAAAAGGCUGAGAUUGUCCCCGGAAUCCGUGAGCGUCUCUCCGCACGGCUUCCGACUUAUAUGGUCCCUGCGGUUUGGCUCUGCGUUGAAGCUCUGCCACUUUUGCCAUCUGGGAAACUCGACCGCAAAGGUGUCGCUACUUGGGUUGCGGGUAUGGAAAGUGAUCCGGACCUUCAGAACAGCACCUCUGUCCCGGUAUUCGAUGCAGAGAACUCACAGCCUGCCAACGAACGGGAGGAAUCUUUGGCCGCUGUGUACAGCCGCGUUCUUAACAUCCCCCAGAACCAGUUGGACCUGAACCAGAGCUUCUUGGCGCUUGGAGGUGAUUCGAUUGCGGCGAUGACAUGUAUUGGUCUGUGCAAGAAGAAUGGGUUCGCGCUUUCAGUACAGGAAAUCCUUCGCAGCAAAUCCAUCCGAGAUCUCGCCACCCGAGCGAAGACUAUUAGCAACAUGACGACGUACGAGGAGAUCGUUGAUCAGGCAUUCGGCCUCUCACCCAUUCAGAUUCUCCACUUUGGUGUUCGCAAGGAAGGGCAAGGUCACUUCAACCAGGGUGUUUUGGUCCGCAUGAACAAGCCACUUGACGAACGGACACUCCGCAAGGCUAUCGAGAGCUUAGUCUCCCGGCACUCCAUGCUCCGCGCACGAUUCAUAGACACAGGGCAUGCAACGGCAUUGAGUCAGCACAUUACCCGCGAUAUCAAGGGUUCUUACAGAUGGAGGGCUCAUAACGUUGACCACAUGGAUGCCAUCAAGCCCCAAAUCGCUGACAGUCAAUCAUCCAUCAACUGCUUCUCCGGCCCACUCCUGGCAGUUGAUUACUUCACGGUGAAGGGCCAACCACAUGUACUGUCAAUGACUGCUCACCACCUGGUUGUAGAUAUCGUCUCCUGGAGGAUCAUUCUGGAAGACUUGGAGGACUUCGUCUUGAAUCCCGACAAGAGUGUCAGCAACGAUUCUCUUCCCUUCCAGACCUGGUGCCGUCUCCAAAACGAGCACUGUAACAACCUUCGGAUCGAGCAUAAGGUUGCGACUGAUGCUCUAGCCACUCCCGACUUUGGCUACUGGGGACUGCAAAACACUCAAACCACCUACGGUGAUGUCGACUGUGCUUCAUUCGAGAUCGACCCCGCUCACACGAACGCAAUCCUGUUCGAUUGCCAUAAUGCUCUCAGCACAGAGCCGAUCGAUCUUUUCCUUGCCGCGAUGAUUCAUUCAUUCGGCCGGUCCUUCCCUGAUCGUGCGCUACCGACGGUCUACAAUGAGGGACAUGGUCGUGAAGUUUGGGACUCGUCGAUCGAUAUCUCGCACACUGUCGGCUGGUUUACAAUUUUGCAACCGAUCUUCGUUUCCUCAUACAAAUCGGACAACCCGAUCGACACCCUGAUGCAGGUGAAAGAUCUCCGUCGCCGUGUUCCGGACAAUGGACGUGCAGACUUCACCAGCCGAGUCUUGCCCACUGCUGGCCAGAACGAAUCCGAGCACCCCCAUCCGUUCGAGAUGUCCUUCAACUAUGUUGGUCAGCAUCGCGAUCUGCAGCGGAAGGAUGGACUCUUCCAGCUUGUCGACCAGAUGGCCGGUGAGGCCGGCCAAGGAGGUGGUGCCGCUGACUUCGGACUUGAUACUCCUCGCUUUGGCUUGUUCGAGAUUUCUGCCAUGGUCGUUGCUGGCAAGGUCCGUUUCAACUUCUCGUUCAACAAGACCAUGCAGCACCAGAACCGCAUUCACCGUUGGGUGUCCGACUGCCAGCAGUUGCUCAUUUCCCUCUCCGAGCAGCUCCCCACUGCGUCGCCCCGUCUGACUCUCAGCUCUUUCCCGAUGCUCUCAUUGACCUACCCAACAUUGGAGAAGUUGCUCAACGAGAAAUUGCCUGCUAUGGGCAUAGAGUCUUCGGACCUUGUAGAAGAUAUUUAUCCAUGCUCUCGUAUGCAGCAGGGUAUUCUGCUCGGACGUACCCGUGACAGCUCCUACUACGCUGUCCAUGACACCUUCGAGGUCCGAGGCACUGGCGCAAACCAACCCAACCUGGACCGACUCAUCAAUGCCUGGCAGCAAGUCGUCUCUCACCAUGCGAUGUUCCGCACAAUAUUCGCAGAGAACCUCACCCCUCGCGAUCCGUUCUGCCAGGUUGUGCUCAAGAAAUACGAUGCCACUCCUGUCUUCCUGCAAUCGUCUGGCGAUAGCGACGUCCUCGCUACGUUCGACAACCAAGAGCCCAAAGACUACAGUGAGCUGGCCCCGGCGUAUCGCUUCUCCAUCUGCCAGACAUCCACUGGUCGAAUCUUUGCCCGCAUUGAACUUAGUCACGCUGCCAUGGAUGGUAACUCCAUCUCAAUCAUUAUGCGUGACUUGCAGUUAGCAUACGCAGGAAGACUCGAGGAGAGCCCGCAGCCCUUGUUCAAGGACUACAUGCAGUACUUGCAAGAUGCGCCCAAGGAAGCCAGUAUGAACUACUGGCGCUCCUACCUGGCUGAUGCUAAGCCUUGCCACUUCCCUACCCUUGUCGAUGGUGAGAAGGCAGAGAAGAGUCUUCGGUCGAUUCCCGUCCGGUUUGGUGCACUUUCAGCACUCCAGAGUGUUUGCGAGAAGCACGGCAUCACGCUGGCAAAUGCGUUCAAUGCUGCUUGGGGUCUGACUCUCCGUGCUUUCUGUGGAUCUGACGAUGUCUCAUUCAGCUACAUGGCUUCGCUGCGAGAUAUCUCCGUUGAUCAAGUUCAGUGGGUGGUUGGCCCGGUCAUUAACCUUCUGGUUUGCCGCAUGCGGGUCUCUGGUCACUCCAAUCUCAGUGAUGUUCUGCAACGAAUUCAGAAUGACUACAUGGAGAGCCUUUCCUUCCGCCACACCUCGCUCAUUGAUAUCCAACACGCUCUGAAGUUGUCCGACACCAAUCUCUUCAAUUCGGGUGUUUCUUACCGUCGACUCCCGAGUUCCAAGGAUGCUGUUCAAAGUGACAUCGAGUGCAUUGAGGUUGGAUCAAUUCAUGAUCCAGCAGAGUUCCCGGUUUUUAUCAACAUCGAGGCUAUGGACACCAACGCCCGCAUUGACCUCAACUACUGGACUAGCAAUCUUUCGGAUGCCCAAGCAAUUAACGUGGCGAACACUUACCUUAAGUGUCUCGAGAACAUUGUCUCCAACAUUGAUGGUAAAGUCAGCCAGCUUGACAACCUCAGUGAGGACAACAAGGCCCAGAUCAUGACUUGGAACAGCAAGACUCCCAAGCCUUUCGAGAAGUGCGCUCACCACGUCGUGCAAGAUAUGGCUAAGAAGCGCCCCGAUGCUCUUGCUGUCACUGCUUGGGAUGGGAACCUUACCUACUCCAAGCUUGAUCAGUACUCCUCGCGCCUCGCGACGUACUUGGUCAACUUUGGUGUUGCCCCUGGAACACUUGUCCCGAUCUGCUUUGAGAAGUCCGUCUGGAACAUGGUCGCCACCCUAGCCGUCAUGAAGGCCGGCGGAGGUUGCAUGCCAGUUAACAGCACCCAAAAGUUGCCCAUGGUUGAGAAGUGGAUUGUCGACAAUGUUCUCCAGGUCGCUCUGGCUUCACCUGAGAAGGCUCAGAUCCUCGAGGAUACUGUUCCAUAUGUCAUCCCCGUCAGCGAAUCCCUGCUUGAAUAUCUCGCUGACGAGGUUCUCAAGCCCGUCACAAAGCCUUCCGAAGUCGCAUAUGUUGCCAUGACCAGCGGCACAUCUGGUCCCGCGAGAAGUGUCGUUCUCGAGCACUCCACCGUAAUGAGUCGUGCUGAGGCAUUUGCUACAACCAUGGCUAUUGCUGAUGUCUCGCGAACAUUCCAGUUUGCCCCCCACACCUCCGACGGAUUCCUCCUCGAGGCGUUCGGUACUUUCAUGUGGGGCGGUUGCGUCUGCAUUCCGGCUGACGUCGAUCCUCUCAACUUGGCUGCCUCUAUCAAUGUUCUCCACGCCAACGUAGCCAGCAUCACCCCCACUGCUGCAAGCUUCUUCUCGCCAAAGGAUGUGCCGGGUUUGCGGUCCAUUGCGCUCGGUGGGGAGGUUGUUUCUCAGAGUGUUCUUGACAACUGGAAGGACGAUGAUCUCCCUCUCCAGGUUCUGUAUGGCACAACCGAAACCUCCUCUGCUUGCUUCCACCUCUUCUGCUCUCAAGAUCAGGAUGAGGCCACCCUGAUCGGUAAGAGCACCUCCUGCCUCGCCUGGGUUGUUGACACCGAGAACCCCGACACCCUUGUUCCAAUUGGCAGUGUUGGGGAACUCGCGCUCGAGGGACCCGUUGUUGCUCGUGGCUACCUCGACAGCAUGUCCGAGACCGACGACUUCUUCGAGAAUCCAUCCUGGUUCUCCGGUCGACGUGAUGAUGGUAAGCACCGCGUUUUCAAGACUGGAGACCUCGUCCGCUACAACUCCGAUGGAUCUCUUGUCUUCGUUGGACGCAAGAGUGACAAGAAUUCGUCAGUCUCAGCCGGCGAUUUGGCCCAGACUCACCACAAAAUUGACUCCUUCUUGGGGGUUAACAAGAAGUGCGUCGUGGAAGGCAUUACACUGGGACGCGACACCGCUAGAGUUGAUGCCCUUGUGGCCUUCCUGGUUUCUGCGGAUACUCCGUCAGUUACCUUUGGCGAACGUGUUGUCCAAUCCCCCACCGCCGAUCUGAAGACAAUCGUCAGCAGUCUUCACAACUACCUGAGCACUAGUUUGCCCAAUAGCAAGGUUCCUAGUAUUUACAUCCCCGUCUCCUCCCUUCCCCUGACCUCAUCUGGAAAGCUAAACCACCAAGCCCUCAAAGUUGAGACACAGGAGCUUUCAAGCAGUGCCUUGGAGGCUCUCGACAUUAAAAAUUGGACUGGGACCAAGGCGGGUAACCGGACUUCCCGAAAUGCCAGUCUCUCCGAGAGUAACGCCGCUUUCUGGAAGGAGUAUCUUGCUGAUGUUGAGCCCUGCGUCUUCCCUGCGCUCUCUCACGAGGCAGGGAACGAUGGUCGCUCCACGCGUACACUCAACAAGCAGACUGCUAAGACUCAUGCCUUUGGUGACUUGUCUGGUAUCUCUGUGGAGACUCUCUUCCAGUUUGCUUGGGCCGUUGUCCUGAGGUGGUAUACCGGAUCAGACGAUAUUUGCUUCGGCUAUUCCACCUCUCCUUCGGAGGACACCAAGGUGGACCCUCAGUCCAUCGCUACUUGUCGAUUCCUUGUGCAAAAUGAGCGCAAGCUGCUGAACAUUUUCCAGCAGGCCAAGAUCGACGCUGAAAAGGGCGCUUUGAACGUCGCUUCUCUGGACGCGGUCCAGCGACAACUUGGUCUCGAUGAUAUUACUCUCUUCAACACCUGUCUUACCUACCGCAAGGCCUCGUCCCUGCCCAAGGGAAGUAUCCGAGAGCCUAACACCUCCAAUACGUACAAUAUCCUCGUUGAAGCAGAGGUCUCGCACUCCUAUGCAGAGAUCCAUUUCAACUACUCCUCCGGAACCCUCUCCUCCUCUCAAAUCAACCAUGUGAUCGAUAUGUUCGAUCAGGUUUUGGACGACCUCAUCACCCUCAACCUGCACGAGCAUACGGUCGGAGACAUCAAUCUGAUUCCAGAACGCUCCACUCGCCAGAUUCGCGAAUGGAACGCCGCCUCGCCUCCCAGAGUCGAGAAGUGUGCAGAUGAGCUUAUCCAGCAGCAGGCGCUUCUGCAUCCCCGCGCUGAGGCUGUCUGCUCCUGGGAUAAGAACUUCACCUAUGGACAGCUCGAGAUGGUUUCCAGCCGCUUCGCUCGUCAUCUCUCUGGUUUAGGUAUUAAGCCGGAAGUCUUUGUCGUCCUAUGUUUCGAGAAGUCCGCCUGGGCCGUUGUUGCCCAGCUGGCCGUUCUCAAAGCCGGUGGAGCUUUCGUCUCUAUUGAUCCCUCCCACCCAGACUCCCGUCUGAAGAUGCUCAUUGAUGAGAUUGGAACCGGCCUUGUCCUGUGCUCUUCUUCGGUCCACGCUAAGGUCUCCAAGCUGUGCGAAAAGUCGUUUGCUGUUUGCCAAACUUCUAUCUCUCAAAUUCCAGAUUCACCUUUAGCUAUGCCUUGUAUUCGACCUUCUCCAAGUAACGCCGCAUAUGCUAUCUUUACCUCUGGUACCACUGGAAAGCCUAAGGCAACUGUCGUUGAGCAUACCGCUCUGAGCACCACAGCCUUGGCCAUGACCGAUGCUUUGCACAUGGACUCCGGAACCCGUGCGUUGCAGUUCUCGAACUACACCUUUGAUGUUAGUGUUCUCGAGAUUAUGAUGACUCUUAUGACUGGAGGCUGUGUCUGCGUUCCCAGCGAGGAAGAACGUAUGAACAACCUUGGUGGUGCGAUUCGUCGCAUGGAGGCUAAUUAUAUGUCUUCUCCUCCCGCAAUUGUCAAUACCUUGGAGCCCAAGACUGUUCCCACUCUGAAGACCAUCAUCACCGGUGGUGAGAAGAUGCCUGCCAACCACAUUGACCGCUGGGCCGACCGAUUUGUUAUCAACGCCUACGGCCCCUCCGAAGCCACCGUCGUCGCUACUGUCGGCGUGAAGGUUGAUUGGGAUGGGAACCGUGUCAACGAUGAUCCCACCUCUAUCGGAACCGCUGCCAACUGUAGAGUGUGGAUUGUGGAUCCCAACAACUACAACCGCCUGCUCCCCGUUGGUGCUGUUGGUGAGCUGAUUUUGGAAGGAAGCAACAUUGCCCGUGGAUACCUUGCAAAUGAAGCAAAGACCAAGGCUGCUUUCUUCGAGAAUCCCACCUGGAACGACCAUGCUGGGCUUCAGGGUCUCUUCAAGCGCCAGGACCGUAUGUAUCGCACUGGUGACCUGGUGCGGUACAACAGUGAUGGCACUCUUGCAUUCAUCUCCCGGAAGGAUACCCAGAUCAAGUUUAACGGCCAGCGCAUUGAGCUUGAGGAGAUCGAGCACCAGUGUCUGCGCUGCCUUCCUGAGGACUCACAGGUCGCGGUUGAUGUCGUCGUUCCCGAGGAGCGCACCAUUGCCAAGGGACUCGCUGCAUUCUUCACUGUGCACGACGCUGCUUCAAACGGUGGUAGCAGCGAUCAAUUUGCACCCACCAUUUCUGGGGCUGAUCCUUUACUACUGCCCAUCUCCGUGUCUAACAUAGAUGUCAUCCAGAAGAUGAAGGCCUCCUUGCCUGAUCUUCUACCCCAGAGCAUGGUCCCCAGACUGUUCUUCCCCAUCCGCAACCUUCCAUUUACCUCUUCGGCUAAAAUCGAUCGCCGAAGACUGAAGGCUAUGGUUCAGUCUUUACCCAAGGAGACUCUGAAGUCCUACAUCUCGUUCCAUGCAUCUGACAAGAAGGAAGAGGCCUCAGCUGAUGGCAUGCAGCUUAAGAUUGUGGCCCUGGUUGAGAGCACUCUGCAGCUCGAGACAGGCUCUGUCACUGCUGAUGACAGUUUCUUCGCUUUGGGUGGUGACUCCCUGUCCGCCAUGAACCUCGUUGGUGCGGCCCAAGCAGAGGGAAUUGCGCUCACUGUCUCGAGCAUCUUCAACACGCCAAUUUUGAUUGACAUGGCCAAGAGCUGCGCGGCUUCAGCUGGUACUGUUGAGGCCAAGCCUGCCGCUGUCAAGCCCUUCUCACUUCUACCAUCUGACGUUGACACCGAAGGUCUACUUGAUGAAAUCACCGACAACUGCGAGGUGUCCAGGGAUCUCAUCAGCGAUGUCUACCCAUGCAGCGCUGUCCAAGAGGGCCUGCUCACUCUCUCUAUUAAGCACAGUGGCUCUUACGUCGCCCAGCCUGCUUUCCGUCUUGCAGAUGGGGUCGAUGUCAAUCGCUUCAAGGAUGCCUGGCAGCAGACUGUUGCAGACCUUGAAAUCCUGCGCACCCGCAUUGUGCACACUGAGGCCAUGAAUUUCGCGCAGGUUGUCUUCAAGGAUGCUCCAAUCUCCUGGGUGCACGCCGAGUCGUUCGAUUCUCUUCGCCACGACAUUAUGCACCUGCCCAAGCAAAAUGGUGCGCCUUUGACCAGCUACGCUAUGGUCCAGCCCUAUGGAUCUUCCACUAGCUACUUCGUCUGGUCUGUUCACCACGCACUUUACGAUGGAUGGAGUAUUCCAUUGGUCUUCCGCAAGGUAGAGGAAAACUACCUCGCUGCUCAAACUAAGCGAGUUGGAACUCCUUACAGCCUCUUCAUUGACUACCUGGUCAAGAAGAACAUGAAAGAGUCGGAUGCAUUCUGGAAGUCCUACCUCGCGGGUCUUUCCAGCACUCCUUUCCCCCAGAACAAGAACGCAGUACCUGAUGCUAUCCGCGCUGGAAACACCCAGUACCACACCCUGAAUGUUUCUCGAACUCCCAACAGCGUUGACUUUACGAUUCCCGUUCUAAUGCGCGCUGCCUGGGCUAUUGUCGUUGCUACUCACACUUCAUCUGGUGAUGUUUGCUUUGGCGAGACCUUGUCCGGCAGAAAUAUUGAUCUACCUGGCGUUGCCCAAAUUGUUGGUCCUGUCCUGAGCACCGUCCCCACUCGUGUACAAGUUGACAAUGCGAUGUCAACUCUCGAGUACCUGCAGAAAAUCCACCAGUCGACCACUCAGAUGAUCCCCCACCUGCACUCCGGUCUCCAGCGCAUUCGCCAGCUCAACAAGGAUACCGCAACUGGUUGCGAUUUCAAGAACUUGCUUGUCAUCCAGUCCAAUGAUGGUGAUCUAGACAACAAGAUCUGGAUGGAUGAGAAGCGAGAGACAAGUGAGGACUUCUUCACGCACUCCCUCGUUGUGGAAUGUGGCAUUUCCAAGACAAGCAUCUCUUUCACUGUUCAUCACGAUGAGCUUGUCAUCAAUGGUUGGCAAACUAAGCGCAUCACUGAGCAAUUCGCCCAUAUCCUUGGUCAGCUGAUCUCCAUGCCAAAGAACAGCGCCAGCAAGAUUGGUGAUCUGGAUAUGGUCAGCCCCGGGGACAAGACUGAGAUUGGUCAAUGGAACGGCCGCACACCUCUUGUGGUCGAGCGAUGUGUCCAUGAUCUCAUCCGCGAGAAGUGUGCUGAGACUCCAGAUGCCCCCGCCGUGCGCGCUUGGGAUGGUGACCUCUCAUACAGAGAGUUCUGGAACCUCGCAUCUGGGUUCGCCAACUACCUUAUCUCUCGCGGAGUUGGCCCAGAAGUGUUUGUCCCAGUCUGUCUUGACAAAUCAGUGUGGGCUAUGGUAACCCUCAUCAGUAUUCUCAUUGCUGGUGGUGGUUAUGUGCCUCUUGAUCCGUCUCACCCUACCUCUCGUCACGAGGAGAUUCUUGCCGACGUCGGUGCUAACAUGAUUCUUUGCACUCCCAACUAUACCAACCGGUACAGCCGUGUGGUGAACACCGUUAUUCCCAUUAGCAAGGAAACCGUCAAGGCCUAUGGAUCCCUGAAGGCGUCCUCCCGGGGUCGCACUCCGGUGCAGCCCUCCAACAUGGCUUACGCGCUCUUCACUUCUGGCAGUACUGGUCGUGCCAAGGGAAUCAUUGUUGAGCACCGCAAUGUGGUCAGCAGUAUCAUGGCGUUCGCGCCAAUGGUCAGCAUGGAUGCCACCUCCAGAGUCUUCCAGUUCGCAUCCCUCACAUUUGACGCUGCUAUCAUGGAGACACUUGCAAUCCUCAUGUUGGGUGGUUGUAUCUGUGUCCCCAGUGAGGAUGACCGUCUCAACGAUGUGUCUGGCGCAAUCCGUCGCCUGAACGUCACUUGGACCUUCCUCACCCCAUCCAUUGCUAGCAUCAUUGAGCCUGCCUCGGUUCCCUCUCUCAAGCAUCUGGUGUGCGGUGGAGAGAAGAUGUCCAAGGAGGUUAUCACCAAGUGGGCCAACACUGUUCAUCUUAUGAACGGAUACGGUCCCACGGAGACAUGUGUGUUUGCCGUUAUUGACAAUGCAGUCGCCGCCAGCCGUGAUCCCGCACGUAUUGGCUACGGUAUCCCCAGCACACUGACAUGGAUUAUCGAUCCUGAAAACCACGAUCGCCUCACCCCUCUUGGUGCGGUUGGUGAAUUGGCUCUCGAGGGUGCUGCCCUGGCAAGAGAGUACCUUAAGAACCCCGAGAAGAAUGCGGAGGCCUUUGUCACUGACCCAGCCUGGAUCAAGGACUUCGAGUCCAAGGUUGGUGGGCCCCGCCGUAUUUACAAAACCGGUGAUCUGUGCUAUUACAACCCUGACGGCUCUAUUGAGUACAUCAGCCGCAAGGAUCACCAGGUCAAGCUCCACGGUCAGCGCAUGGAGCUCGGUGAGAUUGAGCAUCGUCUCUACGAAGACACUCGUGUUCGCCACGCCGUCGUCAUUCUUCCCAAGAAUGGCCCACUCAAGCAGCGCCUUGUUACUGUCAUGUCUCUCAACAGUGUUGCAGCUGACACCAAACUGAUCUCCGACAAGCCCUGUGAACUUGUUGACGAGGAUGAACUCGAACGUCACGCUUACAAUGAACUUGUUGAUGUUCAGAAGAGUCUUGAGACCCAGUUGCCUAUCUACAUGGUGCCUCAGACCUGGGCCCUUAUCAAGAAGCUUCCUAUGCUUGUCUCUGGCAAGCUUGACAGGAAGAAGCUUACUGCUUGGCUUGAGGACAUUGAUGACGACUCGUAUGAGCGUAUCAUGGCUGACUAUGAUCGCAUCAAGCGCGGUAGUACCGAGGAGAAGCCACAGGAGCAAGAGAAGACUGGCUCUCUCAAUAUUAUCCGCGAAAUCUUUGCCCAGGUCCUCAACAUUUCGCUGCAGAAGGUCAAUGUCGACAGAUCUUUCGUCAGUUUGGGCGGAGAUAGUAUCACUGGCAUGGCUGUCAUCUCCCGAGCUCGCAAGCAAGGCCUUGUUGUUACACUGCACGAUAUCUUGCAGAGUCGGUCAGUCAAAGAGCUUGCCCAGACCGCUGGCACAAAGGUGGCUGUCACGCAGCCCGAGGAGAAGUCUGGUGAAGGCUUCGCUCUUUCGCCUGUUCAGAAGCUGUACGUCCAUAGCUCGCACUCUUUCAAGGGUGAGGCUCGCUUCAACCAGAGCAUUACUGUACGCAUCUCUCGCCGCGUCGAGGGGGAGGUGCUCCGCCGUGCGAUCAAGGCCGUGAUCGGUCAACACGCCAUGCUCCGAGCACGAUUCAGUGCAAAGAAUGGCGUUUGGCAGCAAAAGACGGCCGCAGAGGUUGAUGAGUCUUUCCGUUUCCGUGUCCACUCUGUCAGCGAUACGCGCGAAAUGGUCCCCAAGAUCGCCGACAGCCAGCAGUCUCUAGAUCCCCAGAACGGGCCUAUUCUUGCAGCGGAUCUGUUCAAUCUUCGCGCCGGUGGUCAGAUCCUUUUCCUUGUUGCUCAUCAUUUGUGCAUCGACAUGGUUUCUUGGCGCAUCGUCCUUCAAGAUCUCGAGGAGCUGGUUGUUUCUGGUUCUUUAUCUUUGGACAAGGCACUCUCCUUCCAGGGCUGGUGUCUUAUGCAGACAGAAAGAUUGAAGAUUCACGAUGCUAACAUCACCCUGCCUUUCACACCCGAAAAGCCGAACCUGAGCUACUGGGGUAUGCAAGACAUGCCCAAUGUCUACGGUGAUCUCAAGAUGGAAUCUUUCAGCUUGAGUGAGGAGACCACUAAGUUCAUUCUCGAUGACUGUCACGAUGUCUUCCGCACUGACACCGUUGAUAUCCUACUCUCUGCAAUCAUUCACUCCUUUGGGCGCACUUUCACCGAUCGCAACAUUCCCACGGUCUACAACGAAGGACAUGGCAGAGAGCCUUGGGACUCUAGCAUUGAUCUCUCCCGCACCGUUGGCUGGUUUACCACCAUUGCACCAAUGCUGGUCGAUGGAGGGGCUAGCGGUAUUACCGACAUUAUCAAGCGUGUCAAGGACACUCGCCGCAAUAUCGCUGACAACGGAAGACCCUACUUCGCCAAGAGCCUCCUCCAGAACGACGCAGCCUCUUCUGGCUUCCCUGUUCCGCUGGAGAUUCUGUUCAACUACCUUGGACGACUCCAGCAGCUGGAGCGGGCCGACUCCCUCUUUCACCACCAUGGCAGUGUUUUCGACGGCUCGGACUUCGCUGUUGCAGGUGAUAUGGGUCCUCAAACAGUUCGCUUUGCUCUGUUUGAACUUUCGGCCAUUGUCAUCAAAGAGCGUCUCAACGUGGCCUUCAGCUAUAACCGCAAGAUGCAGCAUGAGCCACAGAUCCGCCGAUGGAUCUUGCAGUGCAAGCAGACGCUCGAGAAGGACCUUUUGGUUCUGAAGACAGCCGCUUCCGAGCCUACCCUCAGCGACUACCCACUUCUUCCCAUCACCUACCAAGGCCUCCAGAUGCUUACCACAAGCACUUUCCGCAAGGCCGGAAUACGCAGUACGGAUGAUGUUGAGGAUAUCUUCCCCUGCUCUCCCAUGCAGGAGGGUCUCUUGCUCAGCCAGCUCCGCGACCCCAACGCCUACAUGUUCCACACUGUGUUCGAGAUCAAGGAUGCAAAGGGUGGCAAGGUCGAUGCAGAGAAGCUUGCACAAUCCUGGCAGGCAAUUGUUGAUCGUCACCCUGUGCUUCGGACUAUUUUCGUCGACAGCAGCUACAGUGGUGGGUCAUUCGACCAGCUGGUCCUUAAGAAGGUCACCAGUAGUAUCCUUCGUGUGGAAUGUCACGACUCCCAGGUCGAAGAGAAGCUCGCCGCUAUCUCCCUUCGUGACAUGAAUGCGAUGCGGCAAUCGAGACUGUCCCACCAAGUGACCGUCUGCAAGACCAACACGGGGCGGGUCAUUCUCAAGCUGGAAAUCAACCAUGCCAUCAUUGACGGUGGCUCGGUUGAUGUUCUUCUCCGUGAUCUGCCUCUAGCCUACGAGCGCAAGCUUCCUGAGGGCUCGGGACCUUGCUUCAGCGACUAUAUCAAAUUUAUUCGUACCCAAAGCCAAAGCGAGGCUCUUGAUCACUGGAAGCAGUACCUUGCAGGAGUGCGUCCUUGCCAUGUUUCUCACUCGGCUGACUUUGGCUUCAAGCGUGAACUCAAGGGAGUUAUGAUGAACUUCCAGCGCUUCCCUGAGUUGCUGAAGUUCUGCGAGCAGAGCUCUGUGACUCUUGCUAACCUGACUCUGUCUGCCUGGGCUAUUGUCUUGCGCCAGUUCACCCAAUCCGAUGACGUCUGUUUCGGCUAUCUGUCUGCCGGUCGUGAUGCCCCUGUCAAUGGCAUCCAGGACAUGGUUGGCAUCUUUAUUAACAUGCUUUGCUGCAGAGUUCAAUUUUCUGGCCAGCAGACCCUUAUCAAUCUUUCUAAGAGUGUUCAGGAUGAUUACUUCAAAUGCAUUCCUCACCAGAGUUGCUCGUUGGCUAGCAUUCAGCAUGAGCUUGGCUGGCAAGGACGGUCCCUCUUCAACACUACACUGUCCAUCCAGAACCACUCGGUCGCGGGUGGCUCCAAGGAUAAGGGAUUGUCCUUUGAUCUCCAGCAUGCACAUGACCCCAGCGAAUAUGCGGUCACUGUGAACGUCGAAAUUGCCCGUGGUCAAGAGGGUAUUCUCUUGAGAUACUGGAGCGAUGUUGUGUCUGACGAGCACGCACAGUCUCUGGCUGAUACCAUCGCCAGAGUGUUCACUGGAUUCAUUGAAUCCCCGACUGCGACUCUCUCGCAGGCCAAGUUUGGUGCCGAUACCGCGUCGGAGUCAUUGGAUUGGGAUCGCUCUCAGACCACCCUCGCUGACAAGGCUAAGUCCACCGGAGAAGCAAUGGACAACAGUGCUAUUCAAAAGAUUAUUGAUGAUCGUGUUCAUGAGAUUAUUGGAAAGAUGUUAAGAGAAGGAAAAUUGCAGGUGCCCUCUAUCCAGACUACUGGUUUGUCGGAGUACGUCCGCACCGAUGCUAUAGCGGACUCGCCAUACCAGAUGGGUAUUCAAGGUGCCGAUGAUUCGGGUGUUUGUUCGGCGACAUCUCGUUCCAGCCAGGAGGGGAUGUCGGCCGACGUGGAAAGGAAAUUAUGGAACCUUUGGAGUACAGCUCUUGGUCUCUCGCCCAAUGUGGUGAGACACCAGGAGAGCUUCUUCAAGUUAGGUGGUGACAGUAUCACCGCCAUGAAAAUGGUCAGCGCGGCCCGCGAGGAAGGCCUCGUUCUCACUGUCGCGGAUGUCUUCAAUAACCCUGUUUUUGAGGAUAUGGUUGCCACUGUCCGUGCUGCCAACAUCACUCAGCAGAUGCUCAAUGUGGAUCUCCAACCGCAAUCUGCCAUCACCAAGGAGGAUGACUUCCCUGACAACACGCCAACCACGCUGGGGCCUACCCCGUCUUCUGAGAGCAUUGAGAUGCUCAAGCCCUCGUGCGUUGACGACGCUGAUGUCCAGCGUGGAAUUUGCCCCAAGAUUGGAGUUUUCAAAGGUGGCAUCGCAGACGUUCUCCCUGUCACUGACUUCCAGGCAAUGUCUCUGACAGCAACUCUCUUCAAGUCCCGGUGGAUGCUCAACUACUUCUACCUCGAAGGCAAUGGUCCCCUCGACUUGCGACGCCUUCGCGAGAGUUGUCUGAAGAUCGUGGAUGCCUUCGACAUUCUGCGGACCGUUUUUGUCUGCUUCCACGACCAGUUCUUCCAGGUUGUGUUGCGCAAGAUCCGUCCCAGCAUCUUUGUAUAUGAGACAGAUCGCGCUCUCGAUGAGUUCACCAUGACUCUCCAGCAACGUGACCGCGAAUACGGUCCCCGCGAAGGAGAGCAGUACGUGCAGUUCUACGUUGUCAAGAAGAAGGGCAGCGAUCAGCACCGUAUCUUGAUCCGCCUGUCGCACACCCAGUACGAUGGAGUGUGUCUGUCCAAGAUCAUGGCCGCCAUUAAGCACGGAUACGAGGGAAGCCCACUGCCACCAGUCACUCCCUAUUCCAGCUACCUUCGUCAGCUCCCGGGCACAAUUGGCCCCGACCACUACCGCCACUGGGCUGAUCUCCUCAAAGGAUCUCAAAUGACCCAGGUUGUGCGCCGAAAGGGUACCAGCAUGUUCCAGAACAUUGGAGCAUUCACAGAGAUUCACAAGCGCAUUGAGAUCUCACCAACUGCCCUUGGCAAUGUCACUAUCGCAACCGUCAUGCAGGCCGCCUGGGCCCUGACCCUCGCCAAACUGUCCGCCCAGUCGGAUGUUGUCUUCGGCCUCACAAUCAGCGGCCGCAACGCCACAGUCCCUGGCAUUGAAAACACCGUUGGCCCCUGCGUCAACGUGAUUCCAGUGCGUAUCAAGCUCAGCGAGCACUGGACAGGCGUCGAUCUCUUCCGCUACAUCCAAGACCAGCAGGUAUCCAACAUGCCUUUCGAGUCUCUCGGCUUCCGCGAGAUCAUCAAACAAUGCACCGACUGGCCCGCCUGGACCUAUUUCACUACGUCGGUCUUCCACCAGAACGUCGAUUACGAAGGCACCCUUGAGCUGGACAGUACUAAGUACCGCAUGGGCGGUGUUGGCGUCAACGACAACCUCGCCGACCUGACCAUGGUCUCACGACCCUCAGGCGAACGGGGCCUGGACGUCACCCUAGGCUACUCCGAAAAGGGCCCGAUCAUGCCCUCAUUCGCAUCAAGGGUACUAAACAUGGCAUGCGAAAUCGCACAGUCCCUAGUUGCAAAUCCAAGUGCAUCGCUACCAUCAGCAAGCAUGCUCCGCUCCCUGCCACCUCAGACAAUCGACGACCUCCCCCGUCCCUCAGACGAGCACUUCCUCAGCGCGCAUCUCAAGUCUCGCUCCAUCGCCGAGCUCCUCGUGCAUUCUGACAUCCUCUCCCGCUCCUGGCACCAGGUCCUACCCAGCCGCACGACCACAGCGCCAAUCGGCCCUGACACUGAUGAAAAGCAAACCCACCAAUCCGCCUUCCAGCUCGACUCAUCCUUCUUCGAUCUUGGAGGUGAUAUCUUCAACUUGGCUCAGCUUACUUGGCUACUUGAGCAGGAGGGUCUCAAGGUUCGUCUCGAAGAUCUAAUCGAGCAUCCUUCGUUCCUGGGUCAGAUGGCUGUCCUGGCUUUGCACAAUACCAAGCACCAGGAUGAUAUCCCCACUGAGCACCUUGCUACCGGGGCUGUUCUUGACUCGCCUGAGCCUAUGGCACGCGUUGAGAAGAACAAGGCUUGGUCGAAAGCUAAGACGCUGGCGCGGAAGCUCACGCGGCGUAACAACACGUUAGUCGCUAAUCGGGCUUGA